GUAAAGGAAGAUUUACUGUGUCUACUCGUCCGGCUCUGCAACAACAAUACCGAUGAGCUCCGCUAACAGCACAAUCCUAAAUACCAUUUCCCCUUCUUUAUGUGGCAAGUUUCGAAACCCUAAUUUCAAAACCUUAAUUCCGCAAAGUCGCAUACCUAUUUACUCUAAAUGUCGUCUAAACCAUACACCUACUAUUUCGUUUUAUAACAUCCCUGCAAGUUUAAAGCUGAGAAGUUCCAAAAUUAGAGCUUCAGGGGACAGCACGGGUGAGACUGGGAACUGGUUAAACCAGUUUUCGAGCGGUGCUUUGGCGGCCGAUAAAAUUUUUAGACUUAUUUCGGGUGCCACAGCGAGUCCCAUUGCCCAGUUCAUAUCUUCGCCAACCACCUUUUUGCAUUCUGUUGACCCCAGAAUCAAAUUGAUAUGGCUCUUGGUCUUAGUUGUUUUGCCAGCACGGUCACAUAUAAUAAUGCGUUUUGGAUUGGUGGUGUACAUUGCUCUUCUGUCAAUAUGGAUUCUCCCAAGACAAGUCUGGAUGGAUCAAUUGGGAAGAGUGUCAUUGCUUUCUGGGAUUCUAUUCAUAAUGUUGGGGCUGGGUGCAGAUAGUGCACCUCCUCUUGUCCAGCCAAGAACUCCACCGCCUGCAAUGAUGGGCUUGCCUAAUCUUCCUGUGUCUUUGGAAGGUUAUUCAUAUUUAAUCAUGAAGCUAGGACCAUUAAAGUUUACAAGGAAGGGUUUGUCAGUAGCAAGCACGGCUGCAUGCUUAACCUUCACUAUUUUCCAAAGUGCAAGCCUCUGCCUGGCAACCACAACUCCAGAACAAUUGGCAUUUGCAUUGCGGUGGUUUAUGCUCCCUUUGAGGUGUAUUGGUGUACCAGUUUCUGAAAUCACUCUUACCCUCUUGCUGUCUUUGAGAUUCAUCAAUCUAGUGUUUGAUGAGGUACGCAAUGUUGCACUAGGCAUUGUAUCUCGCAGGAUAAAUUGGGAGCAAUUGACAAUCAUGGAGACAAUUGAUAGUAAGCACACAGUUCUACCAUUUUAUCUUCUGAGAGAAACAAGAGUAGAGAAGGGAGUGAGGGGAGUUUUUGCUUCCUACAUCCGUCGAAUCUUCAAGAAUAUCUUUAACCAUGCAGAGCAGAUAUCCCAGGCCAUGAUUGUGCGAGGCUUUAGAGGGGACAGCAACUCUCAUAAAAUCUACUUCUUAUCAGGAUCAUCAAUUGGGAUGGCAGAUUUUAUUUCCGUAUUGUGCCUAAUUGGUGUUGUGGGUGGUGCUUUUCUAUCUGACUAUUUCCUUGUCUGAGUACCAUCUCUGCAGUUAUAUAGAUUCAGCAGCUUGUAAAAAUUUUACAAUUGACUGAAGAUGAUGCACUCUCAAAGUCAAUUCAUUUGCAACUAUUCCAAACAAGUGGUGGUUUAGCCAUGUGACCAAGGCGGGAAGCGUGGAUUGGGCCACCUACUAAAAUAUGGAAGACUUUUAAGUAGUUAUUUUGAGUGUGCAUUAAAAUUGUCCAGGUCCGCUCUUAAAUUUCUAUUGCCUAGGAUGUCUCUGCGUUCAUUGUUUUUGAUUAAGACCUUUGUAGCAUACCCUUACAGCCCUUACAGGUGGUGCAUGGGACAUUAUUGUAUAUGGCUAGAGGAAGUAUUUUUGAAAUACAGAUGAGUGCACAAAAAAUACAGCUAGAUCACUGCACAUUUUAGCUGUGUAACUUGCCAGGGUUCUCAUAAGAAAUAGGAAAGAGAGAGAAUUUACAUGUUCUA